UUGAUAUUCCGAGGGUUGUGCCUUUUGAACAGUUUUGGGCAGUUGGGAGGCCCAUUAAGGUGCUGAAGACACAAGGCCCGGUCCAAGAUGUGACGUGGCACGCGGAGAUCGAGGAUUCUGCCUAUAAGUAGGAGAGAGGGGAGAGAUUUUUGUCACUUUUACAAUUCUCUCUCUCUCUCUAAAUUUGAGUUUUCUGCUCUCUCUCUCUCUCUACUUUAGAGCAUUUUCUCUCUCUAAGUCCGAGCCCCAUCUUCUUCGUCCGACCAGAAGCCUCCCUAGCCUUUCUCAAAGAGACCGACUCAGAGAUGGCCGAACGAUUGACCUCCGCUGCACUGAAGGCGGCUCGGAUUAGGGCCGAGAUGAAGGCCAACAAGAUUAACAAGCCUUCUAAGCCAAAAGAUCCUUCCAACCCUAAACCGAGGAAGCGCAAGGAGCGCACUGAAGAGAGGGUGGAAAUGACGGAAAAGGCUUUGGCGAAGGCCCGAGCCGAGCAGGAGGCUUCCGCAAAGAAGGCUAGAAAGGAGCCUUCUGUCGAGGUGAAUAGUCCUCGACCCGAUUCCGGAGGUGGGGAGACCCAUGUCUCGGUCCAUCCCUCAGAUUUCGAGCCUGUUCGGAGUCCGGGGUACGAACCGGGGGCCUCUCACCCUUCUCCGGCCGAGCGCUCUUUGUCCGAGGCGCCGGUCCCGUUUACCCAAAUGUCCAAGACGGACAAGAAGAAGAGGAUCUCCGACGCACUGGAGAUCCUAUGUACUCAAACUGACCGAGACCACAUCAAUGAGGUCAACCGAGGAAUGAGUCGAGUGAGCUCUUCCGCUCUUGGAUGGACGUAAGUGAAUUUUUCUCCGCCCUUUUACUUGCUUUUAUUGGCCAACUUCUAACUGUUGUUUAUUGUUCCUGCAGUUUUCCAUCCGAAUGACUAAA